CGAUGGAUCAAGUGGUUCUUAACGAAUAUUUUUCAACGCAGGAAGAAGAGAUAGAUGAAAAUAACCAUCAUUCUGAAAAUUCUAGAGAAAUAAUGCUUUCGUUAAGAGGAGCUUUUUAAAAUGGUCUCUUCUCUUAUAAAAUGUAUUCAGAAUGCCGACAAGAAUAUGUUUUAGAAAAAUAGUUUAAAACAACAGAAAUGGAAAAAGACAUGUUGUACAUUAUAGCAGAUUAUAUGCAUUCACUCUUUAAAGUCCAUGCAUAUGUUAAUAAAGCAACAUAUGCUUGGUAUGUUCAUCAUUAUUAAAACAGUCCUAAUUUUAUUAAUUAUGCUAUUGAACUGCCUAAAAUAAAGCAUCAGAUUCUUGAAGCAGAGGUAGAUUGGUAUAUUGAAAAUAUCACAAAAGACCUAGAAAUGGUUGCAAAAGAAAACUGUCCUUCUUUAUUUCAACCUGUUGCAGAGCAAGAUCCACGAGAAGCCUGCCAUACUCGUGCUGUCAUUAAUCAUGCAUUAGAACACUUAGAAUCUAUUGCAACAAAAAUGACUCCUGCGAAUACUUAAGAUUACACAAAAAAGAUAGAACGAUAUACAUGGUGCUUAACAGGGAUGGUCCCUUUACUCCCAGUUCAAGAAUAAGACCCGUUAAAUAAUAUGGCAUUCAUUAACGCUGGCAGAAAGCACGCAAAAAAAUUCAACAGAUCGCCCUUUGAUUUAUUUUUAGCACCCUUUAUGAUCUCUUUGUCUUACUAAUAAGUCUAUUUAAAUGAUUUUCUUUUUGUUUACAUAUCCCUUAUUCAUUUUUAUCUAUUUUUCUCAUAUUUUGCAAAAAUAAUUCCUUUUUUUUGA